UCACUCAAUCAAACAGGAUUGAUUAUAAUGCAAAUCACAAUCGAAUCAGUAGUUUUGUUGAUUAUGAUCUACUUCUCUCGUUCAAUCAGAUAUUACAUAAAAUGUAAAUUUCAAAUAUAUUAUUAGAAUGGGAAGUCAAUGAAAAGUCAAAGAAUUGGGCAGGAAUAUGA